UCCAACCUCCAGGUGACGGGUUUUUGGACGCUGCAAACACUUGCACAUUAUUUUAUUACAUAGUAUGUCAAAAUAGUUCGCCAUCUGUGGUAAUUGUAUUAAUAAUGACUGAAAUUGACUUGGGUCUGGCAGGCCAUCAUGUCACUUCUGACAAAACACCAGUUCAGCUGCUUUACGAGUAUGGCACUAAAACUGGCAGUGUGCCUUUUUACAUGAUGGAGAGAGCAGACGGAGAAGCCCACCAACCGCUCUUCAUCUUUAGUGUUACCAUCGGAGACAUCACCUGUACAGGCCAGGGCCCCUCUAAAAAAGCUGCCAAACAGGAAGCUGCAAUGGCGGCUUUGAAAAUACUGGAGUCAGACAUUGAAAAUGGCCCUCAAAAUCAAAGGAUUGAAAAUAAUGGCUGUGGUGGUGAAGCAAAUGACCAGCCUAAUCCAGUGGGAAUACUGCAGGAGCUGGCGAUGCAGAGGUCAUGGCGUCUUCCAGAAUACAUAUUAUGUUUAGAGGCGGGUCCAGAUCAUAAGAAAGAGUUUACAGUUAUUUGCCGCUUGGAGACACUCUCAGAAAAAGGUACAGGGAGCUCUAAAAAGAAUGCCAGAAAAGUAGCAGCAGAAAAGAUGUUGGAAAAACUACAAAGUCUCUCAGGGUCUACUGAGAUUACAUGGAAUCCAAAACCACAUGUAUAUUUGGAGAGUCUGAGGAACUCGGAGUUAGAGAAGAUUUCGUUACUGAGGAGGAAUCCCCUCAGUAUUCCCAACACGGACUACGUACAAAUGAUGCUGGAGUUAUCUCAGGAGCAGGGCUUUGAGGUCACGUAUUUUGACAUAGAUGAACUUACAGUAAAUGGGCAGUACCAGUGUUUGGCUGAGCUGUCCACCAUGCCAGUUACUGUAUGUCAUGGUACAGGAAUCUCCUGCAGUAAUGCACACAAUGAUGCAGCUCACAGUGCUCUGCAGUACAUUAAGAUCAUGGCCUGCACCAAAUAAUCACCAGCUAAACCUUCUAGUCCAUACUGCAUAGAUAAGCUUUAAAUUAACCAUCAUGAACAAAUUGGAUCAUGUCUGAAAGUGUGCUCUGACCUAUAUCUUACAGUUGGCUGCAACUACAGACAUUUGUUUAAGCUAUGAAGACAAUUACUCAUUGAGAGAUAUUAUUUAUUUAUUCCUGAUGGGUGUGUGACAUUUAGGCAUCAUAGAAUGCUAUACAAAAAUGAAGAUGUGUGUGUGUGUGUCAGUGUCAGUCAGUUCUGACUAUAGUAUGUAAUGUUCCUCAUCAUAGCCUCAAAGCCAGCUAUUUUAUUGACCAGUUGCUCACAAUCUAGAAACAGAACACUGUAUAAACACCAUCUGAUUUCUUCACAAGAUUUCAGGGUUUGUAAAAUGUUACCCAGGCUUUACUUGAGCUGGGAGGCAAAAAUGAGGAAAUUUGGAUAGAGAAAAGAAGUAUUUUAUAAAGUGUGCUGUUAAUGAAGGAUUUAUAUUUUUCCUUGACAUUUGUAUGUGAAAAUAGAACAUGUGAAACAUGCGGUGAAAAUAUAAUUUGAAAUCAUUGUUUUGAAUCAUUGUUUUUGUGUUUUAUUUGUAUUUACUCAUUAUUAAUUCACUUGUUCUUAUAUUACUCAUAAUUCAGAAUUAUAUCUAUUUAUACUUAUUCAUGGCUGUUACAAAUCAAGCCAGUUUCCUUUGUUUUUGAAAUGUCAUGCAUUCCCUCAGGUUGAUAUUUAUUUACAUGUAUCAUUUAUGUUGACAUACUUAAAGUGAAGCACUCCACUGAGGUUUAUUAUAGAAGUUUGAAAGCAGAAAGCUCCUUGCUGAACUAUUGGCUACCGUGAAAAUGUUUUAAAAAUUUCAGGCUAUUUUACAACUAAUGUGUCUAUUUAUUUUAAUAAUUACACAUAUACUAAAAAAUCAGUUCUAGUUCAAUUCUUUCACGUACUGUAAGGUGUGGUGGCAGGAGCAUGGUUGAGCGCUGCUCGUGAAUGGAGGAUGGAGUCUUAGAGAAGAACUGAGAGAACCAGUGGUACUGAGCAGAGCAACUUCAACCGAACGGGUCUUACUGAGCUCGUGUGUGAAAGCAUCAGUUGAUUUCCGUUAAAGUAUUCAUGCUGGGAAGAUGUUUAGCAUGGUAAAAAGAAAAUAAACAGGUCCAUGCUCUCUUUCA